GGGUUUGCUGUGCUUGCGCAGCGCCGCACUGCCAACUGGUCUCUGCACUGGCAGGGAUUUGGGGCGGCGCGGCGGCAUGGGUGCAUUGGGCAUUGGGGGCUUGCUGGAGAUAUUUCUAUCCAACCAAGUUUGAAAUGUUGUCUGGACCACGGACAGUGGCUUCUCAGAUUGGAGAAUCGCGGCCAUCCACCGCAUGGCUCAACCAACUUAUUGACAAAAGAGGGCGCUGCAGUCUCCACCUGCUGCAAUGCAGUGGUCGUCUGACGAAUACAUCCAGCUUUCCUGUGCAUAAGCCUGCUUUGGAGCUGGUGGCAGCUACGCAGCUUUCAUGACACUUGGAAGCACUUGCAGAGGCUCUCAUCGCCUGCUGCACCAUUAGAGAGCAGUAUCAAACGACAUCUGCAAUGAACAGUGACACAGAUCGUUUGUGGUCUUGGGAGGAAGCGCGUGAUUCGUGCCUGCAGCGGCUCCAGGAGGCUUGGGGUUAUGGCAGCAGGGUCGCAAAACCCGGGAUUCCAUAUGUGAUCCAAGGAGCUGCAGCUGGAAUCACCUUUGUGGGGGGGUUAGCUGGUAUCCAGGGGGUUGCAUACGCUUGCAGAAUUUCGUGCGCAUCACCUCACAUUGGUCCCUUGUUUGGCAUGGUGGGGGUUGGACUGGCAUCAGCAGCUGGCGGACAGGUGUCGAAGGCUGUUGGCCGGUGGCAGGCAGGGCUCGAGCCUUGGCCCCGAGAAGGUCUGGCAGCUAUUAGAGGAGAGGAAGUGCUUUUGGAUGCUGCGCUCGGCAUCCUAGCGUACAAGGCCCUGGGAGGCAUGUUCAAGAACGUGAAUCCAAGCGACCUCCGCUAUCCUGGUUCAUUUGCAAGAAGUUCAAUAGCUGCCAACGGUGCCCAGUACAGCACCGUAAAGCAGCGGAAGGACAUCGUUAGCCUCUUCCGACGGUAUGGGUGCCAUCACUGUGGCAGGCGCACUGGAGAGUGUAUUGGCGACCACAUGCCACCAAACAAGUUUGUCUGGCCCGAAGGUACUCGUUCGAAGGUAGUGACUGCCAGUCAAAAUGUUUUCGUGAAAGCGUUGAGACAGGUAACAAGACGAAAAGGUCCAGCCCGCACCAACUCGGGGACGUUGAAGGCUGCAGAGCGGGUAGCCCAGCGCCUGUUCCCGCAGUGCACGAAAUGUUCGGAGAAGCAGUCAGUCGCCGUCAAGCUCGGGAGGCAGGUUCUCGUUGUUCACAAGCGACUGGGCCUUCCUGAGUCGUGCUAUUACGCGGGCGUCUUUGCUGGACUUAGACACUAUGUCGACCCCACGAUCGAAAGACGGAGAGCUCAUAAGACAGACGGACCCACUCGACACCACUAAAGCGGAGAGGAUUGUCGGUGUCUGCCUGUCGUUGAGCAUUCAAGGAUGCCCAAAAAGUUUAUUAUAUUGAAAUGCUACACUACUGUAGCUUGCUGCGAUUGAGCAAAUUUUGCCAUACGCUUGCUAAGACCAUUGCGGACACAUGCAUCAGCUGCCAAUCUAGCUCAAAGGCGUCUAUGAGCAAAUCUGACAAUAUGGAGACAUGCUAGUGCAAGUCAGAGGCAAUUUGUUGUCGAGGUGCACGGGCUGAUUGCGCGCGCCCAAAUUAAGACUGUAACCAUGCAGAAUCGAUUCAUG